AGCACUGCCGGCGACGGCUCCUUCUUCUCGUCCUGUGUCUCCGCUCGCCCGCUUGCAGCUCGUCGGCCGCGCUCCCGUCUCCGCUCGCCGCUACCGCAGCCCCCGGCCCGCUCCGGUUCUGUCUCUCUUCGCCUGUGCCCUCUGGUCCCAGCGCUGCGCUGCGCUUUCCCCGCCGGCCGCCCCCGCAGCCUAUGGCCCUGGAAGGCGCCGUUGCCGCCGCCUGUAUUUCUGCUGUAGGUUCCCACAUCCCUCUUUAAAAAUUCCGCCUAAAAAGAGAAGACGAUUUACCAAAUCUUUCGGGCCGUUAUCUCACGGCAAAAUCUCUGAUCAAGUUUACAACUAUCCAGAGGGCUUAGGAGAAGUGCUUUAUAGAGAGCAGUUCGACUUCAACGCUGAGCCACCUUGGGAACCUAGCUGAUGAUAGUAGGGUUCCAUCUCCUAACUUGUCCAUUUUGUUGCAUAAUUUAAGGACCCGGAUAUAAGGCUUGGAAGCCCAUCCCUUGUGUUUCUUGGUUUAUGACUGUCGGCUUUGUGGAAUACGGCUGAGAUGAAAGGAUUUCUUGAGGAUGCAAAUUACUCCAUUGGUCUGUUGGAUGAAGGAGCAACUCUUGCAGAUGUUAUUGACAACUGUAUUUAUGAACAUACUCAUCAAAUAAAUAGGUAAACUACUGGCAACAUGUCAUGUCUCCAACCACUGGCUGGCUCACAGAGGAUAGCUGCCUCCUGCUGCUUUCAUUUACUCCUUUAGCUCAAGGGGUAGAGGCCUGUGCCAUGGAUCUAAAGCUCCAGAUCCCAUUCCUGCUGGUGACCCGUACAGGGGACUGGAAAAAAGGCAUUUUAUGUUGGAGAUCUUGGAAAGCUUGUAAGGAAUAACAUGCAAUGGCAGAAUGUGAUGGCACCAAUAAAGCCAUUUUAUCCUGUAAAAUGCAAUUCUACUCCAGGUGUACUCGAAAUUCUGGGAACCCUUGGUGUUGGUUUUGCAUGUUCCAGUAAAUCUGAAAUGGCAUUGGUACAAGACCUGGGCAUUUCUCCUGAAAACAUCAUAUACACAAACCCUUGCAAGCAAGCCUCUCAGAUCAAGUAUGCAGCAAAAGCAGGGAUAAACAUCAUGACUUGUGACAAUGAUAUUGAGCUGAAGAAAAUUUCACGGAACCAUCCAAACGCCAAGCUCUUACUGCACAUUGCCACAGAAGACAUUACUGCUGGUGAGGAGAUGAAUAUGAAGUUUGGCACCACCCUGAAGAACUGUAGGCACCUUAUGGAAUGUGCUAAGGAGCUGGGAGUCCAAAUAAUUGGUGUCAAAUUUCAUGUUUCGGGCUCUUGCAAGGAUCUGCAAACAUACAUUCAUGCUCUGUCUGAUGCUCGGUGUGUGUUUGACAUGGCUGAAGAAUUUGGCUUUAAGAUGAACAUGUUGGAUAUUGGUGGCGGCUUCACAGGUUCAGAACUUCAGCUGGAAGAGGUUAAUCACGUCAUCAGGCCAUUGCUGGAUGUCUACUUUCCUAAAGAAUCUGGUGUUAAUGUGAUUGCAGAGCCUGGAUGUUAUUAUGUUUCAUCUGCAUUUACACUGGCAGUGAAUGUCAUUGCAAAGAAGACUGUUGAGUAUGAUAAACUUCUUCCUUCUGGAGUGGAGCAAACCAGGAAUGAUGAUGAACCAGUAUUUACAUAUUACAUAAAUGAUGGUGUUUAUGGUUCUUUUGCAAGUAAAUUGUCUGAGAAACUGAAUACUAUCCCAGAGGUUCACAAGAAAUACAAGGAAGAUGAGCCUCUGUUUGCAAGCAGCCUUUGGGGUCCAUCCUGUGAUGAGCUUGAUCAAAUUGUGGAAAACUGUCUUCUUCCCGAGUUGAGCGUUGGAGAUUGGCUGAUCUUUGACAAUAUGGGCUCUGGUACCUUGGGUGAACAGUCUGCCUUUAACGACUACCAGAGGCCACUGAUUUACUACAUGAUGUCUUUCAGUGACUGGGAUGAGAUGCAAGAUGCUGGAAUUGCUUCAGACACAUUGAUGAAGAACUUCUUCUUUGUGCCUUCGUGCAUUCAGCUGAGCCCGGAAGAACGCUUUUCCACUGCAGCUUAAACAGGCAUUAACGCUUCCUUUAGACCUGCAGUUGCAAGUCUGUAGUUUGUCUGGUCAACAUUCCAAUGUGGAAGAAAUGGAACAAUCUUGAAUUCAAUUCAUUCUCUUCAAAACUUGAAAAAAUAGUAAUAGUAAUGGGGACCAGGCAAAACAAGCUACAGCUACAAUUCAGUGGGGGGUGGGAGGGUUAGAUAACGGUGUCCAAAUUCAAAAUCAAGUUCAUUCAACCCCUGAGCGUUAAAUAUGCAACAAAAUGGAUGACUUAGUGGAGAUGGAAACCCAUCACUUGGGUUCUUCAACAGUUUACAUACAAGUACACAGUUUUUAUACUAAGGAUUCCUGUUAGAAAAGUCUUGUAAAGUUAUUGUCUUUCGCCCAGAUAUAUCAAAUGUCAGUGGGAGACCAGUGUGACUUCAUUAGAUGUUUUAGUGUAUUUAGAAUGUGUAAAUUUGUGCUUUGAACUGUAGUUUAAUAAAUGUAAAAUUGCAUCAUAGUAUUUGUUGUAUUUGACCCGUGAUGUAUCCCUUGUAUGAUUGCAAUAAAACUUUGUGUAGAUUUUA